GUCAUAUCCGUGCACGAUGGCGGGUAUGGACGGAUUCGGUUUUGACGCUCACACCGGAAACGGGAGUAGUUCCGAGACUCUGGUUGUGAACGUUUCGGCUGGAUUGGGUGGCUCUGUUGGGUAGACCACUCCGAUCAACGUUCCCUUUGGAUCGAGUGCGGCCAUGGGGUCCACUCCGUUCACCUCAGUUAUUGGACCAACCGCGGCUACGGCCGCAAUGGUCACCCCACUCGGACCGAAUAUGGCUUCGGCCAUACCGGUCAUAUCCUCACUUGGACCGAACACGGGUGUCUUCACAUCCGCGCCGGUCGGACAUCCUACUGUCAUGCUGCCUGCAAACUCUGUCAAAGAACCGGCAAAGUUCACAGGUGUUGGCUUCAAAAUAUGGCAGCAAAGGAUGUUAUUUUGGCUGACCACCCUCAACCUUGCGAGGUACUUGAGGGAGGAUCCCCCUGUUGUGGGGGAGAAUGCGGACGAGCCAACAAUUCAGGCUAAAGAGGCAUGGAUAGCGAAUAACUAUACGUGCCUUAACCUUAUCCUGAAUUGCUUGAGCGAUGCCUUAUAUGCUGUUUAUAGCAGGGCUGCAUCCGCAAAGGAGUUAUGGGCUACACUGUCCAACAAAUACCAGGCUGAGGACGCCGGUGCGAAGAAAUUCGUUGUCGGUAAGGUCUUGGAUUUUAAGAUGGUGGAUUCCAAACCCGUGGUCAGUCAAGCUGAAGAAUUGAUUCUCAUUUUUAAUGAGUGCACUGAUGAGGGAAUGAGAGUCAGUGAGGCAUUCCAAGUGGCGGCAAUUAUUCAUGUGCUCCCGCCGACUUGGGAUGAGUUCCGGAGCUAUCUUAAGCUCAAACGAAAAGAGAUGACUUUAGAACAGUUACUUGUUCGUCUCCGGAUCCGUGAGGAGGGUCUCACUCGCGAGAAGAAAGUAGCUGUUGCUAAGGCCAAUGUGGUGGAGCAUCCACCCAAAGAGGGUUCUUCCAAAGGGCCCAAGCCAAAUAAGGACAAGAAGAAAAUUGGUCCUAAAGGAGGCGUCGCGAAGACUAAGUUCGCUGGGAAAUGCUACAACUGUGGUAUUACGGGCCACCGUUCUUCAGAGUGCCGAAAGAAGCCUCAGAAGAAGAAGCAGAAGAAGGAAGAAGCUCUCUGCUCGGAGCUAGAUGCUAUGGAUCUUUGUGCGGUCGUGACAGAGGUCAACCUGGUCGGGUCUAACCCGAAAGAGUGGUGGGUUGACACCGGGGCCACUCGUCAUAUCUGCUUCAAUCGGGGCAUGCUCUUUGACUUUAAGGAGACUUCUGGCAACAAGAACGUCGAACCAGUGGAUGCUACACAACAAGGGAAAAAGGGAGCUGGGAUAGGCUCCGGGCCGUUGAAGACCCGAAGGAGGAUGAUGCUGAAGAAGGUGAACAGAGAGCAUUUAAAUAGGCGGGCUUGGGCUAGCGGUCAACUAGUUGACGGGUCGUCCUUGGGAGUGACGGCCGUCACAACGUCCUUCAUCAUCGGUGUUGGUGAUAUUGGAAAUUAGCCACUUAUUUUGUUUUCUCUUUCGUUUCUUCCUUUAUGUUGAUCAUAUAAGUACACUCUUGUACUCUGAUAUUUUUAGCUCAAUGAGAGAGAAAGAUAUUUUCUGUUAUUUCCGUUUUGUUCUCGUCUCUCUCGUUGCAUGUUCUGCUCAUAUCUUCAAAUGAAGAUUCAUGGAGAAA